AGCUCAAAAAUGCUCUAAAUAGCAAGACUCAAAAUCUCUGUGCCGCAAUUGGAAUAUUCAGCGCAGAGGAGUUCAAUCAAAGCCAUGUCCAGUUCAAGAGGAGGAGGCCGCAGAGGAGGAGGAGGAGUAAAAUCAGCUCAUUAUUCUCGUCGCAACUCCAACCAAAAUUGGGUAAUCAAAUCUCCAAUUGAACAACAAGGGUCACAAUUAUCAUCUUCCUCUUUGAAUUCAGGUGAAAAAGAUGAAGCUUUGUCUGUAAUAGCAACUGUACAAGAACCCAUCUCGGAGUUUGUUCGAGAAGAUCGAAAACCCCAUCGAAAUCCAAUUUACCCAUCCUCCUCAUCCUCUUUGAUUUCAGGGGAAAAUGUAGAGGUUUCGUCUGUAAGGGAAAAAGUACAAGAACCUAUAUCGGAGUUUAAUCAAAAAGAUCUAAAACCCCAUCAGAAUCGUAGGAAUUCCAAAAGGUUACCCCGAAAUCGUCGUGCUUAUGGGGUUAAUGGUAACUUCGAGAAGAAAUCAGAAGAUGAAGAAAGUUCUAGAGAGGUGGUGGAAGAUAAGUUAAGUGGUGACAAGGAGGAAAAGGGUGUAGAAAAAGUUGAGGGGUCUGGUAUUGAUGAUGUUUGGAGAAGGCUGGAGGAGCUGCAAUUGGGUGCUGAGGAGCUGGAAUUAUCGACUGAACAGCUUAGAAUCAAUGAUCAAGCACAAGAGGAUGAGUUACUAGCGCUGGAAUCAAUUUUCAGUGACAAUGUCUUCGUUCUUGAUAGACGAAAUGGUCUACGAUCCUUUCAGAUUCAUGUACAUAUUGAGGUUCCUGAUGAGCUGACAGUGUCUGUAAAUCUGAAUUCCUCUGGUGCUCUUGGAAUACCAGAUGAUAGUUCGCCUGAGUUCUCAUACUCCCUCAAAGUUGAGCAUCUACCACCGAUUGUUUUGACGUGUUUAUUACCUAAAUCAUAUCCAAGCCACCUUGCUCCUCUCUUUACAAUCUCUGUCCAGUGGUUGAAUUCAGCAAACAUUUCCUCUCUUUGCUCCAUGCUUGAUUCAAUAUGGAAGGAACAAUUAGGUCAAGAGGUUUUAUACCAGUGGGUGGAGUGGUUGCAUGCCUUUUCUCUUUCUCAUUUGCAGUUUGAUCGAGAAAUAAAGUUAGGUUUUUGUGCCGAGCGACAUAUUGGAGAUAGGCGUGCAAUUUCAGGAACUGUCUCACCAGAGGUUGAUAUCCCCUCGCUCAAGAGCUAUGAUGAGGAACAGCGCCAUGAGAAUUUCCGUAGAAACAUUCAUCAAUGCUGCAUCUGUUUCAGUGAAUUUCCUGGUAUGGAGUUUGUGAGGUUGCCAUGUCAUCACUUCUUUUGCUGGAAUUGCAUGAAAACUUACUCCGACAUGCAUGUCAAGGAAGGUACAAUCACCAAGCUUUUGUGCCCCGAGGCAAAAUGUGGAGGUAUGAUUCCUCCAGGUUUGCUAAAGCGGUUACUUGGUGAAGUGGAGUUUGAACGCUGGGAGUCAUUGAUGUUACAGAAAACAUUAGAAUCAAUGAAGGAUGUCUGCUACUGCCCAAGAUGUGAAACAGUAUGCAUCGAGGAUGAAGAUCAGCAUGCCCAAUGUGCAAAAUGCUUCUUCAGUUUUUGUACACUGUGCAAGGAGAAGCGUCAUGUCGGAGUUAUAUGCAUGACACCAGAAAUGAAGCUUCUUAUUUUGCAGGAGCGACAGAGUUCAUCUCAAUUGAAAGAUAGCCAAAGACAGCGUGAGAAAGAAAUGAUUAAUGACAUUCUCAGCAUGCGGGAAAUUCAUCGUUCUGCGAAGCAAUGCCCUUCCUGUAAGAUGGCUAUCUCGCGAACUGAGGGCUGCAAUAAAAUGGCGUGUGAUAACUGUGGAGCAUACUUUUGCUAUCGCUGUAAUCAGGCGAUUGAUGGAUAUGAGCACUUCAGGGAUGGGAAAUGUGAGCUUUUCCCACCAGAAGCAAUUCAGAUGUGGGAAGAGAGGAUUAAUGCUCGCCAAGUUAUCGGUCAGAUUCAAGCUCAAAUGCUUCCUAAUCGUGCUCAUCCAUGCCCUAAUUGUCGCCAAAUGAAUGUAAAGGCUAGUAAUAACAAUCACAUAUUCUGCUGGGCAUGCCAGAAUCAUUACUGUUAUCUUUGUGGAAAGACGGUGAAGCGAAGCUCCCAGCAUUAUGGACCUAAGGGCUGCAAACAACACACUGCUGAUGAAUAGUUGAAAAGAAAAAACACUCCAAUUUAAGGGGAUCGAUCUUUUUCCGACAAUUGUCAUUGAUCUUGCUCAUCAAUAUUCGCGUUCCUCAUACAUGCUUAUUUAAAAGUUGAUAGAUAGGGUGCUAGCUAGUCUCUCAAGUACAUAUCUUCUCCUCUGAUAUUUGGCAUUUUCACAGCAGCUCUAAGUGCAUACAGUAGUGUACUCAGAAUUUUCGUUCAGCCAAAAGGUGAGGCAUAGUAAGGGCGAUAUUGGCCUAACGAGCAGAUUUAUUUACAAAUUUUUUUUUAACUUUUCAAAGUUAAAUGAGUGUAGUUGAGUGAACUGUGAAAUACAACAGAAUUGAAUAAUAUACCAUUUGUUUGAAUAUAUGGAGCAUGGU